AGCAAACAGCGUCUGGAUAGGCCACACCACCACUACCCACCCACCGCGCAAGGAUGAGUGUUUUUAAGGAAAAUCAAUCCAAGCUAAGGAACACGUCUUGAGUUUCUAUUCUCGGGAAAAAGGACUUGCAAUUUGCUGAAAAGUCGAGGCAAAGUGGAUCUAAAGGCACAUGCAGGAUUCUCUCUGUGUAUAUGGCGUCGAUUUAUGCUUAAUGAUCGCUGUUACAAAGGGGAGUUGUGCCGUAGGUUAAGACAAAAAAGAUUCUACAAGGAAAUCAUCAUAACUUCGUUCGGGAAUACACUUAAAAGGGAGAAUCAUUUCUGAAAGAAGCUAAGUCUGUUCAAGGCAUGGCAGGUUGGGUGUCAAAAGAGGCUCCAGAGGACCCGGCCCUGAGAGAGGGAGCCGAUGGCUGAGGAAUGAAGUGCUUCGCCUGGGCAGAAUGACCAUGCAGGAGGGGAGAUCCCAGAACAACAAGUGAAGAAGAGCAACAAUGGGUGCCAAUGCAUCCAGCUACUCGCACUCAUGCUCCCCUCGUAUAGGAGGAAACGCACAGAUACAGCAGACCUUCAUAGGGACGUCGUCGUACUCCCAGCAGGGCUAUGGCUGGGAGUCCAAGCUGUACAGCCUGGAGCAGGGUCACGACAAGCCCCAUGACAGGAAGAAGAAGAGCCUGGGCCUGGCCACCCUCAAGAGGAGGUUCAUCAAGCGCCGUAAGUCCAGCCGUUCUGCGGACCAUGCCCGCCAGAUGAAGGAGCUCCUGUCGGGGUGGGAUGUGCGUGAUGCCAACGCCCUAGUGGAGGAGUAUGAGGGCACAGCCUCCCUCAAGGAGCUGAGCUUCCAUGCCAGCUUGGCGCGUGCCAAGGCACCCAGCCUGCAGCGUGACCUGGCUGCCCUUUACCAGCACAAGUACUGCACCGACGUGGACCUCAUCUUCCAGGACACCUGUUUCCCCGCCCACCGCGCCGUGCUGGCUUCCCGCUGCCCCUUCUUCAAGACCCUACUGUCCUCCUCUCCGGGGUAUGGCGCUGAGGUCCUUAUGGACAUUGAGACGGCGGGCAUCGAUGUGCCCAUGUUCUCUGCACUACUGCACUACCUGUACACGGGGGAGUUUGGGGUGGGUGGGGUGGAGGACUCCAGGCUGCAGAAUGUGGACGUGCUGGUGCAGCUGAGCGAGGAGUUCGGGACGCCCAACUCCCUUGAGGCAGACAUGAGAGGACUGUUUGACUACAUGUGUUACUACGAUGCCCUGCUCAGCUUCUCCUCCGACGCGGAGCUGGUGGAGGCCUACAGCAGUGGGGGAGCUGGAGGGGACGUGGCCACAGGAGGCUGCCGGGGGCUGGGUUCCCCAGACGAGGACCUGAGGGCCCACAAGGCCGUGCUCUCGGCCCGCUCACCCUUUUUCCGGAACCUUCUACAGCGGCGCAUCCGCACGGGGGAGGAGAUGACGGAGCGCACGCUGCAGACACCCACACGCAUCGUGCUGGACGAGUCCAUCAUCCCGCGGAAGUACGUGCGAGUCAUCCUUCACUGCAUGUACACAGAUGCGGUUGAGCUGGGGCUGGUGCUGAGGGGGAGCCCCUCGGCCGGGAGCCUGGGGGAGGUGCAGGUCCUGGUGGCCGGGGGCAGGGGAGGAGCUAGCAUCCGCACUGAGGAGGCCAUGGAGCUCUACCACAUCGCGCUCUUCCUUGAGUUCAGCAUGCUGGCACAAGGCUGUGAGGACAUUGUGGUGGAGAGCCUGUCCCUGGACUGCCUGGUUCCCAUCCUGAAAUGGAGCUCUCAGCCCUACGGCUCUAAGUGGGUCCACCGCCAGGCCCUACACUUCCUGUGUGAGGAGUUCAGCCAGCUCGUGACCUCUGACGUACUCUACGAGCUCAGCAAGGAGCACCUGCUCACCACUAUCCAGUCAGACUACCUACAGGCGAGUGAGCAGGACAUUCUCAAGUACGUUGUGAAGUGGGGCGAGCAGCAGCUUAUUAAGAGGAUGGCAGACAGGGAGCCCAACGUGCUGAGCGGAACAGCCCACAGCGUGAACAAGCGGGGGGUGAAGAGGAAGGACCUGGAUGUGGAGGAGCUGAAGGAGAUCCUGUCCCCCCUGCUUCCCUUCAUCCGCACUGAGCACAUCCUCCCUGCCAACAGCGACGUCCUCUCUGACGCGACAAAGAGGGGUCUGAUCAGCACCCCUCCCUCGGACAUGCUGCCCAUGACUGAGGGGGGCAAGGCCAACUCGUGGUUACGGCAGAAGAACGUUGGCAUCUACGUGCGACCACGUCUCUUCUCUCCAUACGUGGAGGAGGCCAAGUCUGUGCUGGAUGAGAUGAUGGUGGAGCAGACAGAUCUGGUGCGUCUGCGUUUGGUGCGCAUGUCCAACGUGCCAGACACCCUCUACAUGGUCAACAACGCUGUGCCACAGUGCUGUCACAUGAUCAACCAUCAGCAGAUGGCCAGCAGCCAGACCACCGCUCCGUCCGUGGUAGCCAAUGAAAUCCCAGUACCCAGACUGGCGGUGGUUAAGGAGAUGGUCCAGAGGCUGCAGGAGCUGAGUCACACAGACCAGGUCCAGAGGGCCUACGCCCUCAACUGUGGCGAGGGGCCCACCGUCAGCUAUGAGCUGCAGCUGCGUGUGCUGAGGGAGUUUGGCCUGGCGGACGGGGCUACUGAGCUACUGCAGAACCCUUACAAGUUCUUCCCAGAGGAGCGUUUUGGAGACGAGAGUCCUGUUCUGGCCCUGCGCCGGGCAGGUCGUUGUCGGGUCAACAGCAGCCCAGCGAUGGACAGCAUGUUCUCAGACCUGGAGGGCAUGGCUGGGUUUCACCCCCCACUGCCUCCCCCUCCACCCCCAUACCACCCCCCUGCCACCCCCAGCCGUGCCCAGCUGAAGGGGGCCUGGAGGCCUCGUGUGCCCAUCCCACCCCCCACCCGCUCUUUCUCCUACCCCUGUAACCACACUCUGCUCCAGCUCCACACCACAACCAAACAUGGCAGCCCUGACUACCCCUCCGCCCCCAGGCCUCCACCUCCAGACUGCAGCAACCCCCAGGCCAAGGGCCGAGCCCUGCUCCCAGAACCACAGCUGAUCAUGGAGCCUGUGAUAAGGGAGUACAUGCCUGACAUCGCUCUGGGCGUCUCUGUCAUGACCCUGAGGGAGCACCAUAUGGGGGACAGGGGCGGUCACGACCCUCACGGCCCUAUGGCCCACCCGGCCCCACACCUCCCCCCCGGCCCCUGUCCCUCCACUCGCCUCAGCCUCAGUCAUGGUCACUCCUGUAAGAGGCACGCUCCAGAGCCAAAGCUGGAGGCCCAGGCAGAGUUCCCUGAUCUGUAUGACUUCUCCUGCCGACCAAUCACUGCAACCUCCAGCCACCCCCUGCCCCCCUACGCAGGGCCAGACCUCUACAGCCACAGCUCCUCCAGCCACCCUCCCUCCUACAUGUCUGACAGCCAGGGACGGGCAGCUGAGGCAUGCUCUGACCCCCUGCGCCUGGACGUCCUAGGCCUGCCCCCCCAGCGGCAGGAUGGAGCUCUGGCUAAUCCCUCUGGUCCCCAGGCUGGGGAAGGACACAUCCCCAGAGGACGAUCAAACAAUGAGACCGACCUUACUCACGGUCUUGGCCACUUGUGUGGCUCCCCCAGUGGAAACCUAGACGGGUAUGAGGAGCGGUCGUCGGCCCACAGGGAAGGCCCGAAGGAGAUGGCGGUUACUGGCGAAUCCCCAGGUACAGGGGCCCAGCAGCCACAUAGGAACAGUAUUAGCGAGGAGGCUAGCAGAGAACGCAGGUCACCCAACAACCCUGACUACCCUUACAAGAAGUCUGCACUAUAACCCUCGGGGAGGACCAGGGGUUGAGUCGUCAAAAGGGAAAGUGAGGGAAACAACCCUCUGUCAUGGACAGCAAAGCACUAAUGAGUGUGUGUGAAGGGGUGGCUAAUGGUUUCUAUUUAUUGUGUGUGUGUGUGUGUGUGUGUGUGUGUGUGUGUAAGUACCCUACCUCCUCCAGCCCUUUCUCCAUGACAUAGUGCUGUCUUCACCUCACGUCUCCUGUGAGUGCUACAGAUAAGCAGCAUCAGGACUGUAGGUUAGUUAGAGAAACAGCAGUGACUGUCAGACUGUUGUAUUGAAGCUUGGUGAAGCCAACCUCAGUGCUGCAGUUUUACAAUAUAACUCCAGCAGUACUGUUUGAGAGUGGUUUUGCCUAUUUCCCUUGAGCCUUGUUGCACCACAGGUUUGUUGUGAACUCUAAGUUGUGGGAAUCAGGAACAAAGAUCUUAUCAUAACAAAGAUGUUACUAUGAUCGUAACCAUGAAAUGUAGUUCAGAUGUGCUGAGGAUGUAUAAUAUACAUAUGGACUGUAGUCCUCAGGAUAUACUUUAACUGGGUGAUAUAUAAAUAGGAUCUCAGUAUAAACUAGUUAACACCAGCACAUAGCUUCAAUCAGCGUUAUCUUCAUGAUAAACUUGUGUAGAAACAUUUUCUUGCUCCUCUCAUUUGUAUUUCCUCUCUUCCUGUAGCAUUCCUCCAGUACGUACCUCACCUGACUGGUUACAUUUGAUUUCCCUUUCUGGUGCUGCAUGUUACACAGAAAUGCUGAUGAGUAAUAGGCUCAGGCUAGUUCCGUUCAGGCAGGAAGUAGGUCUGUUGAGGCUGUCAUUGUGCUGCCUCUUCAGUCUCUGAUAUACAGUGCAUUCGGAAAGUAUUCAGACCCCUUGACUUUUUCCACAUUUUGUUACGUUACAGGCUUAUUCUAAAAUGGAUUAAAUAGAUUUUUUCCCCUUGUCAAUCUACACACAAUAACCCAUAAUGACAAAGCAAAAACAGAAAUAUUUGCAGACCCUUUACUCAGUACUUUGUUGAAGCACCUUUGGCAGCGAUUACAGCCUUGAGUCUUCUUGGGUAUAACGCUACAAGCUUGGCACACCUGUAUUUGGGGAGUUUCUACCAUUCUUCUCUGCAGAUCCUCUCAAGCUCUGUCAGGUUGGAUGGGGAACGUUGCUGCACAGCUAUUUUCAGGUCUCCAGAGAUGUUCAAUCUGUGUUCAAGUCCGGGCUCUGGCUGGGCCACUCAAGGACAUUCAGAGACUUGUCCCGAAGCCACCAUGCUUCACCGUAGGGAUGGUGCCAGGUUUCCUAUAGACAUGACGCUUGGCAUUCAGGCCAAAGAGUUCAAUUUUGGUUUCAUCAGACCAGAGAAUCUUGUUUCUCAUGGUCUGAGCAUCUUUAGGUGCCUUUUACCAAACUACAAGUGGGCUGUCAUGUGCCUUUUACUGAGUAGUGGCUUAUGUUUGGCCACUCUACCAUAAAGGCCUGAUUGGUAGAGUGCUGCAGAGAUGGUUGUCCUUCUGGAAGAUUCUCCCAUCUCCACAGAGGACCUCUGGAGCUCUGUCAGUGACCAUCAGGUUCUUGGUCACCUACCUGACCAAGGCCCUUCUCCUCCGAUUGCUUAGUUUGGCUGGGCGGCCAGCUCUAGGAAGAGUCUUGGUGGUUCCGAACGACUUCCAUUUAAGAAUGAUGGAUGCCACCGUGUUCUUGAGGAUCUUCAAUGCUGUAGACAUUUUUUGGUGCCCUGCCCCAGAUCUGUACCUCGACGCAAUCCUGCCUCGGAGCUCUACGGACAAUUCCUUCGACCUCAUGGCUUGGUUUUUACUCUGACAUGCACUGUCAACUGUGGGAUCUUAUAUAGACAGGUGUGCCUUUCCAAAUCAUGUCUAAUCAAUAGAAUUUACCACAGUUGGUAAUCAUGUUGUAGAAACAUCUGAAGGAUGAUCAAUGGAAACAGGAUGCACCUGAACCCAAUUUCGAGUCUCACGGGUUCCGAAUACUUUUUUAAUUUUAAUUUUUAAUACAUUUGCAAAAAUUCUAAACCUGUUUUUUCCUAUGUCAUUGUGGGGUAAUAAGUGUAGAUUGCUGAGAUGUUUUAUUGAAUCCUUUUUAUAACAAGGCUGUAAGGUAACAAAAUAUUGAAAAAGUCAAGGGUUCUGAAUACUUUCCCGAAGUCAAGAAAAAGUAUGGGAACCCUUUGGAAACACCUGGAUUUCUGCAUGAAUUGUUCAUAAAAUUUGAUCUGAUCUUCAUCUAGGUCACAACAAUAGACAAACGCAGUCUGCUUAAACUAAUAACACCCAAACAAUUAUACGUUUUCAUGUCUUUAUUGAGGACACCGUGUGAACAUUCAGUGCAGGGUGGAAAGUGUGAACACUUGGAUUUCAUAACUGGUUGACCCUCCUUUGGCAGCAAUAACCUCAACCAAACUUUUUUCUGUAGUUGCGGAUCAUACCUGCACAACGGUCAGGAGGAAUUUUAGACCAUUCCUCUUCACAAAACUGCCUCAGUUCAGCAAUAUUCUUGGGAUGUCUGGUGUGAAGUGCUAUCUUGAGGUCAUGCCACAGCGUCUAAAAUCGGGUUGAGGUCAGGACUCUAUUUUCUGCUGUUGAAGCCAUUCUGUUGUUGAUUUAUUUCAGUGUUGUGGGUCGUUGUCCUGUUGCGUCAACCAACUUCUGUUGAGCUUCAAUUGGCGGACAGAUAGCCUAACAUUCUCCUGCACAAUGUAUUGAUUAACUUGGGAAUUCAUUUUUCCGUCGAUAAUAGCAAAGACAACUGCAAGAGCACAGAGCAGAAUGCUCAAUGUUAAGAAGAAUUGCCCAGGCCCUGAGGCAGCCCCAAGCCAUGAUGCUCCCUCCACCAUAGGUUUUGAUGUUGGUGUGCCUUUUUUCUCUCCACACGUUGUGUGUUCCUUCCUGACAACUCAACUGUAGUGUCAUCUGUCAAAAGAAUAUUUUGCCAGUAGCGUUGUGGAACAUCCAGGUGCACUUUUGCAAACUUCAGACGUACAGCAAUGCUUUUUUUUUGGAAAGCAGUGACUUCUUCCAUGGUGUCCUCCCAUGAACACCAUUCUUGUUUAGUGUUUUACGUAUCGUAGACUCGUCAACAGAGAUGUUAGCAUGUUCCAGAGAUUUCUGUAAUCUAUUAGCUGACACUAGGAUUCUUCUUAACAUUGAGCAUUCUGCUCUGUGCUAUUGCAGUCAUCUUUGCAGGAUGGCCACUCCUAGGGAGAGUAGCAACAGUGCUGAACUUUCUCCAUUUAUAGACAAUUUGUCUUACCGUGGACUGGUGAACAUGAAGGCUUUUAGAGCUACUUUUGUAACCCUUUUCAGCUUUAUUCAAGUCAACAAUUCUUAAUCUUAGGUCUUCUGAGAUCUCUUUUGUUCGAGGCAUGGUUCACAUCAGGCAAUGCUUCUUGUGAAUAGCAAACUCACAUUUGGUGAGUGUUUUUUAUAGGGCAAGGCAGCUCUAAUCAACAUCCAGGUUAGCUGACUCCUUACUCCAAUUAGCUUUUGGAGAAGUCAUUAGCCUAGGUAUUCAUACUUUUUCCAACCUACACUGUGAAUGUUUAAAUGAUGUAUUCAAUAUAGACAAGAAAAAUACAAUAUUGUGUGUUAUUAGUUUAAGCACAUUAUGUCUAUUGUUGUGACUUAGAUGAAGAUCAGAUCAAAUUUGAUAACCAAUUUAUGCAGAAAUCCAGGUAAUUCCAAAGGGUUCACAUACUUUUUCUUGCCGCUAUGUAUUUUCAAAAACAUGAGCCUGGGGUUUUUUGAAACAAGACAGGAGGGGGCAGAGGUUAAGGACUGAGGUACACUUGGAAAAAUAAUGGUGCAAUGAACACGCUAGUCAGAUGUUUUAUUUCAGCGGAGUAUGUGUGUGUGUAGUUUAAUAAUUCCAGGUAACUGUAAAUAAUCUCAGUACUGUACACUCCAUUUUUAAUCAGGUCUGUAUUUACCUAUAUAAACACAAGGCUCUGAUCUGAAAUGGUUAACCAGAGACCGACCAUAGAAUGCUGUGGUCAAUAUGCUUGAAACCACCUUGUUCUUUUAAUGGCAUAAACAAUUAGAAGUCUUAAUCCACUUUUUGAAGUGACCAUAAGGGAUCCAUCACAAGCAUGACGCCACCUGCUCUACUAGUUGUUUGUGUGACUCUUCUGUUCACCCUCAAACACUAUCCAUUCACAUGUCCUCAGUCUGUUCAUUUGUGUUGUUCCCAUGUACAAUGUAACCACUGUCACGCCACCUUUUGGCUAAUCCUGGACCUGCGAAGACCUGCUCUCUGUCGUCAGGUUACGGCAUACUGUAUGAGAACUACUGGGGCUGUUGCUACAGAAACCAAAGUGCACCCAUCAGAUCCUGUAAGAUCAGUCACACAUGUCUCCUCUAACACAAACUGACAAACCCAUGAUGCAUAACAUAGGCAACAUUGCACUGUAGAAAUGAUCCAUUUCACAUGGGAGCAGGGGGACAAAUUAAUUUAGAACAAAAGAGCUCCAGAACUGCAUAAUUCUUAAAUUAAACCUGAUGGCCUCUGUCACAUGCAUUUCUACCAUUCAGAAAUCCUGAGCAUAAAUUGUAAUUAUUCAUGUAAUAUUUGAAUAUACUGUACAACAGAUCCUUAUUACAUCUUAGUGGUGGUACUGUAAAUGAAUUAUUCAGCUGUUUUGUAGCUGUGGUGGACUACACUGUGAGGUUGUGUUCAGCACCACAUUUCACCAAGAAAGGAUAGUCUGAAAGAUGGUCAGACUCACUUUUUAUUUUUGUUUAUUACAAUGUUUUCUUUUAGGGAAAUGUUUUUCAUAUUGUUAUUGGUGUGGAAUACCUUUUUUUUUUUUUUUACUGCCCAGUGUUUCCAGAUUACUAUGAAAUAUGACCUAUAGUUACUUACAAUAUGAGUUUAAAUAGUUUUCUUCCAGAAAAUAAUUGUUACAGAAGCAGAUUUGUGGUGGAAUGGUGUGGGCAUAUACCGGUCAUUAAAAUAUUUACGCGAGUAGACUGCUGAUUGGACAGCUCAUCCUUCUCAGAGAUGACAUGUCCUAAGGAAAUAGCAAGGAUUUUUUUUAAACAGCAUGUGAAAGGUUUCAUUUAAAAAAAAAAUAAUCUAAUUCAUGCUUUUGCCACAUUAGUAUAGGAUAAGUCAGCAACAUUAUUUGGUAAUUAACUUUUUAAAAGUUAUAUUUUUCACUGGGCAGUUACUUAAGUAGCACAUGGACAUGUAGAUAUUCGCUCUGCAUUGUGGUAAUGAAGUUGCCGGGCAGAGAACCCUUUUUUCCAUCCAGUUUGCUUCAUGGGGAAAAAAUGCAAAACUUUAGAUUCCUCCCCAUGUUCAUGUUGGUUAGUUGCUUUAUUUUCCUGGACAGUUUUCCCAUGAAUUAAAAACCCUCCACAUCCUCUGUUUGCUCUUUACUGUAGAAGUCAGUGCCUUCCCCUGCCAAGAGGCUGGGCUGUUAUUUGAGAAGUGACUGUCCUAUGCAAGCCUUUUCUACCAGCUUACCAGCCUGCAUCAAAUAGCCCUUUGUAAAACUCAUGUAGCUAGCUAUUAGUGUACAUGUUUUUUUGUUUAAGUACCUUUUUAAAAUGUAACCCUCUGGAACUGUGUUUGAUUAUAUGUUGAACUUUAUAAUUGGACAGGUACGCUGUAUGUAAAAACACUUUUGUAGACACCUGUACUAAAAAUUGUAUUUGGUUUUACGUGUUCUAUUUUUCUACUGUUAACUCAAAAGGUGCAUAACAGUGUGAAACUUGGGCAUCUUCGAAAUAAACUGCCUUAAUAUAA